AUUUUUUUUAACUUUGCUGCUUUAUGUGUGUUUUGACUCGAGAAGAAGAUACCUCGUUCUAGUGUCAUUUUCUUAGAUAUACUCUCAAGGAAGAACACCAAACCCGAUUCUCCCUUCUUCUUUCUCUGUCUUUCUAGAAUUUCCUCUUCCUCUUGUUCCAAUAUUUAAACGAUCGUGCUACAGUAAUAGAAAAUGAUUGACAAAAGGGAUGACCAACCCUUACAAUGGUAGGGGACACUUUUUAUUUUGGAUUUUUUUAUUCACUUCGAACCCAUAUACAUGUGAGAGGAUGUCAAUCAUUUGAUUAUUCAUUUUUGAGCAAAGUAGUUUAAUUCUUAUUUCAAUUCCCUUUGCAUCUCUCUCUCUCUCUAGAAUUUUUUCCACUUUUCUUUACUUCAUCUCUCUUUUGAUCUUUCUUCUUUAGCUUUUGAAGCAUACAUGUAGUAGCAGUCUUUUCAUGGCAUUACAAUCUUUGAGGGAAUUUGAUCCCUCAAACUAAUUUCCCAGAAUCUAGAAAAAAAAUUGGGUUUAAUUGUUUAUACUUCCUUUUUAUGUCUGUUUAUUCUCUCUUACUACUGUUUCUUGAUAUCAGAUUGGAUUUGGUGAGAAGAUAAAAGAGAUUGCACUCUCACUUUACUCCAUAUCUCCUAGAUUUUUCAACUUUAGCCUUUAUAGCACACCAAGUUGUUCCAAAUUUUACAAUCUCCAAACAAAUUUUAAUCUGUGUUACAAAUCUCCCACAACAAAUUUGGUGUUUCCUUUUCUAUCUCCUAUUUCCCUUUUCGACUUUGGAUUUUAAAUUAUCGAGAAGAAGAAAAACUAGUUGAUUUCAAGAAAAUCUAGCUAGGAAAAUGCCCUUGGAAGGGAUUUUCGUUGAAUCUUCUUCAAAUCCAGUCCCUGAUCUUUCUCUCCACAUUAGUCCUCCCAACAGUUCCUCAUCUGCAAUCUGCAAUGGCGGCAGUGAAGGUGCGUCGAAAUUCGAUCUUCCGACAAGGUGUGAAGCAAAUUCAUCCAAGAAUUGUGAUACCUUCAUUGAGCUGUCUUUAGCUCACCCUGCAACUGCCGUCAACGGAGAAAGCUCGUUUCGAAGAAAUUUCUACGGUGGAGGUCAAGAAGAACAACCACAAAACCCUUAUCACCGUAUCUACCAAUCUAAUAGCCAGCUAAAUCACAUAAAUCAUGGGGUUUCAGUGCUGGAUGUAUCGGAUGGUUUAAGGCCUAUAAAAGGUAUUCCGGUUUAUCCCAACCGUCCAUUCCCUUUCUUGCCUCUGGACCAUGCCAGCAAAGAGAAGGAUCCAAAGAUGUGCUUCUAUCAAAUGACUUGUCCUUCUUGGUCAUCCACUAUAGCAUCGUCUUCUUCUUGUACGUCUUUAUGUUCUCCUUCAGUUUCGCACUUGGCUUCACCUUAUUUCGGUGGUGGUUUGGAUCAUAUGUCAAUUUUGAACUCGGGGCCUAACGCUUCCUCCUCGGCUUACCGAAUACCCGCCGGUGGUGGCGCAAGGUUUAAUGGGAUGUCUUCCUCCUACCAAUUUCACCGUCACCAUAACCAACAGUAUGGAGUAGGCCCUUCUGAAGCUUCUAAUGGUAUGAUGAGAUCAAGAUUUCUUCCCAAACUCCCGACAAAACGAAGCGUGAGGGCACCCAGAAUGCGAUGGACUAGCACCCUUCAUGCGCGUUUUGUUCACGCAGUCGAGCUUCUUGGUGGCCAUGAAAGAGCUACUCCCAAGUCAGUUCUUGAGCUCAUGGAUGUCAAAGAUCUCACUCUAGCUCAUGUCAAAAGCCAUUUACAGAUGUAUCGAACUGUUAAAACCACUGACAAGCCAGCAGCUUCUUCAGGCCAUUCUGAUGGCUCCGGUGAAGAUGAUCUCUCCACAGUAGGCAGUGCCGGCGCUGGUGACCGGGCCACAUUGCGAAGACUCAUUGAUCUAAGAGGCUCAUCCGAUGGAUCUUUUCAACAAGAAUGUGAUUACCCUUCUACUGCUAGCACAUUAUGGAGCAACUCCUCAAGCAACAGAGAGGGCUGGCUACAAGGAAACACCAGUGACUUGAACGGUCUCAGAACAUCAUUUUUUCAGUCACAACAAAAUGCCAGUCGCCAGAUAGAGGAAUGUGAUUCUUCAAUGCAGAAGAGCUAUCAAAGGUCCAAUAUGGAUUAUAAACACCCAAGCCUAGAGUUCACACUUGGCAGACCAGACUGGGAUGAAAAAGAUCAUGCUUGACUGAUAUUUUUUAUAUUUUGAUUCUGUUUUUGGAAAUGAAAAAAAGACCCGAUUAUAUAAAGAGGUAUUGGCAAGAAGAAGAAGUAGUAGUAGUAACUCUGUUUGUUGGACGUGCGAUCGUAUCAUAUUUUUGUUCCUACCAUAAUUUUUUUUUUUUUGGCUGCAGAUGAGUCUCUAAUGUAACAAGUUCAAUGCAUAUUUUGUUGUGUUCAAUAUGGAAAACCAAGAACAGAAGAUAAAUUAUGUGGAAAAGGUCCUCUUUUUUUUUUUUUUUUAAAUUAUUCAUGCUUUUUUUUUUUCUCCUUUUCUUUCUUUAAUCCAUCAGAUGUGGAGAAAUAGAGAACUGAAUAUUACUAUGUUUUUCCAUCUC